AUGGCCGGCUGCUGGCCUCUGCUCGCCGCACUGCUGCUCGCCCACUCCACGACCACAUUCAAACUGGUGUGCCACUUUGCAAACUGGUCCCAGUACAGAACACGUCUGGGCAAAUUCACGGUGGAGAAGAUUGACCCUUUCCUCUGCAGCCAUGUGGUGUAUGACUUUGCCGUGAUUGACCGUGACAACAAGCUCACGGUAAAUGAGGAGAGUUUCCAUGGGGCACUCACUGGACUUAAAAUCAGAAAUCCAAACCUUAAAACACUGCUGUCGGUGCGAGAGCUGAGCACCGAUGAACCACGGUUUCCCAGUAUGGUAUCCGCGGCCGCCUCUCGACACGUGUUUGCUCAGUCGUCAGUUUCUUUCCUGAGGACUCAUGAGUUUGAUGGUCUGGAACUGGACUGGGACCAUCCUGGAAACAAUAAAUACAAGUUCACUCAGCUCUGUAAGGCGUUUGAGAAUGAAAGCAUUGGAACAGGGAGGACCAGACUGACCUUGUCUGCUUCUCUGACGCCGCAGAAAGAUGUGAUGACAUUUGACCAUUACGAAGUCACGGAGCUGUCAAAAAUUCUGGACUUUCUCAGUGUGAAAACCUUUGACCUCAGUCGUGGUGAUGUCGCUGCCCACCACAGUCCUCUCUUCAGUACCAACAAUGCCAGUAUGGAUUUCAUCACGCAGUAUUUUCUGGACCAAAAGACUCCCGCAGAGAAGUUGUUGGUUGGAUUCCCUACUCAUACACGUUCAUACGCACUCUCCACUGAAAUGUCAAGUCCCGGAGCUCCAGUGAGCGGACCAGCAAACCCCGGACCAUACACACAAGAGAUGGGCUUCUGGUCCCACUAUGAGACAUGUACCUUCUUACAGGGGGCAGCAGGAAACUGGAUAGACAGUCAAUAUGUGCCGUAUGCUGUCAAUUACAACCUGUGGGUGGGCUUUGAUAACCAGGAGAGCUAUAGUGCAAAGGUGUCAUACCUGAGGAACCAGAACCUGGGAGGGGCCGCCGUGUGGAGCAUGGACUUGGACGACUUCGAUGGACUCUUCUGCGGUAAAGGAAACUACCCGCUCAUAUCUCAGCUGAAGGCAGAGCUGAGUAAAGAUAUUUCAGCUACAAAUAAAACUCUGCACCAGAACACGACGGCCAUCCCCCACAGCCAGGCCACAGACGGCACCAUCGGGACAAACACCAGUUGCGUUAACGGCAUCACGGUGGUUCAUCCGGACUCGUCUCUGUGUUUGGAGAAGACGGACGGGCGAUACCAAACCACAGCGGCGCCUCCUCUCGCUUAUGUCUGUGUUCAGGGGAUGGCAUAUGUAACGGAGUGUCCCACGGUGCACAGCCGGGCCUCCGCACCACCGGGGGCGCUCCUGGUCAACCUUCUCCUCGCCAAGUUGCUCCACAGCUGUUGUGUGUAUAGGUGA